UUUACUUAAAUGUUAUGAACAUUUGUUACUGAAAACUGUCGCCGCGAAUGUGUCGUUUGCCAUUUCAUAAUAAUGGCAACACUUACAGUUCCUGAAGGCGUUAGCGUCUUUCUGUUAGACAUUGAAGGAACCACGACCCCGAUCACAUUUGUGAAGGACAUUUUAUUUCCUUACAUCAAGGAUCACUUGGUGGAGUACCUAAGUGCACACUGGGAGGAGGAUGAGUGCAAACAGGAUGUGCAGCUCCUAAAGAAGCAGACCGAGGAAGACUUAAAGCAGAAUAGGGCUUGCCGUGUUCAUGCCGUGGACCAAACAGCACACACAGAUGAAGAGAAGGCAAUCCGGGAGGUGGUGGAUGAUGUCCUGUGGCAGAUGGCUGCAGACAGAAAGACCACUGCUCUCAAACAGCUGCAGGGCCACAUGUGGAGAUCAGCCUAUGUUUCCGGGAAAAUAAAAGGAGAAGUGUAUCAAGACGUUGUUCCUGCUAUCAGAAGAUGGAGGCGACAUGGUCUUAAAGUCUACAUUUAUUCAUCAGGAAGCAUAGAAGCUCAGAAGCUACUGUUUGGCUAUUCAGUUGAAGGGGAUCUUUUAGAUCUCUUUGAUGGUCACUUUGAUACCACUAUUGGCGCUAAAGUGGAAAGUAAAAGCUAUGAAAAGAUUGCAGAGAGAAUUGGUUGCUCACCAGAAGACAUAAUGUUCUUAACAGAUGUCACACGAGAAGCAAAAGCAGCAGAGGAUGCUGGGUUAAAUGUAGCAAUUGUUGUGCGGCCUGGCAACAUGGAGCUCACUGAAGAGGAGAAGAACCUUUAUAAAAUCAUUACAACGUUUAGCCAGCUGGAGCUCAGCAGAAGUGUUUGACAGGGAAGGAUGAACAGUGUUGGCAGUCUCUAGCGAACUGUAGUGAAGUGAGGCGUGGGCUGACGUCAGCUCCCGUCAAUGUAGCUUAAAACUUCUGACAAUUUAAGAUGUUAUGCAGCAGGUUGCAGGUGAAUUAGUAUUGUACUUACAAAAAUUCAAGGUGCUUGUCUGUUUUGUUUCUGAACAAAAUCAUGUUAGAUAUAUAAUAGCACAUGAUACUUGUUUUUUAUGCUAUGAUACAUUGUUAUGUGAGUGUAAUUUAAGUUAAUUCAAAAUAGCCACAUGACCCUUGUAUUUUUCACAGCAUUGGUCAGCAGAUUAUAAUAAUUGUACAUGUUUCUUUACCCAGAAGUCUCUCAUAAAUACUGUGCCAUUAUGUUAAACUUGAAUCUUAAAGUGCAAAUGUGUGUACCGACAUGACUGAAACUUUAAGGGUCUGUUAUGGUGUAACAGUAAAUCAACUCUGGGUUACAAACUGUUCAAAAUACUUUUACCUACAUGCUAUACAAAUAAAUAAACAGGUAAAACUAAA